AUGGCAGACAACUGUAUGCAACAUGUAAAGGCGGAAGAUGAGCCACAGGUUUUGAUCGUGGACAUCCCAAAGGCUGCUCGAAAAAGAAAACCACCUCGGACACAGGCAAGAAUUCUUCUGUGUCGCUUCUGUGGACACUGGAUGCAACAGAGUACUCUACUUGUUCAUUUGCCAGCAGUUCAUGGUACAGAAGGCAGUAAAGAAGCUGAACGGAUGCUGUUAGCGAAAAAGAAUAAAGUACGAUGUGAUGUGGAAGGAUGUGAUUAUACUACGCAUAGCGAGCGUGACUACAGGGUGCAUAUGCGGGAAACACAUCUUAUGAUAAUUGAAAAGCAAAAUCGUCGCCUGAAAUGUCUUUCUUGCGAGAAGCUGCUCAACAGUCAAGAGGAACUUGUCUACCACUGUCGCACUGUUCACGGAGACGAAGAUUGUACAAUACAGACGUGUACUUUCCGAAGUAAAGAAGAGUGUGAGAUGUGGAAAGAUUUCAUCGCAAGAACUCACUGUACUGCUUGGCAAAUCAGCGGCAAAUCACAUAGAUCACAAGUAAAUAACGAUCAUAUCGUUUACUACCGAUGUAGCAGGGUCCCCAGCAAACAGCAUCGUACUCGGUCGGAAGGUAACAAAACGCAGACAACGUCGACUGUCCACUAUUGCACUUCAUUUUUGAAGGAAAUUCACUCGCAUAAUGGCUUAAUCACUGUGCGAUACUGCUUAAAGCACGUCAAUCACGAUUUUAGCCAUGCACGUUUACCUCUUUCAAAUGCUGACAAAGCUGUGAUUGCGCAGUAUUCCCAACAAACUCACGAUGCAGAAGUAAUCCAGAAUAUGAUUCGGCAAGCUUAUACAGACCCGGAGACCAAGCUCCAUUGGGUCUCCACUAGUGAAAUCAAAAGGGUGCUGACGAGUCUAGUGAGAAGUGUUAGAGAAGAGGCUCGUGAUUCGAUGAACGUUGACUUCGACGACGGUCCUGUCUUCGCUUCGGCUCUGCUGCAGUCGCCUCCCGACAAGGAUGACGAUUCGGAUUGUUGUAUCAUAAGCGACGACGCGGUAAGCGUCCAAUCUCCGGAUCCUGGAAUUCAAGCUGAAUCGCUGCUUGGAUGCUCGUCUUGUGCGAAACUAAGUGAAAGGGUAGCCGAGCUUGAGGCAAUUGUGAAGAGGCUAAAUAGCAGAGUAAUAGAGCUAGAAGACGCCCAAUUAUUCAGUGGCGUAGUGAAAACGGAAACGGAUAGCUCUCAAGCAGAUGACACUGGGAUGAAGCAAGAACAAAGCUGA